GAAUUGCUUACAUUUGAUACAGAAGAUAAAUUUAGGAAUGGGUGUCCAGAUCGUUGUUCUAAUUAAUGUGCUAAUAAUUUGCUUUGUUUCUGCAUCUAUUUCAUCAGUCUGUGAUAAUGGUUUCCAAGAGGGACCGGGAGAACAUUGCUACUAUUUCAGCAGCUUCACAACAUUGUGGGCCAGUGCCCGAAGUGCUUGCCAGAGUGUCGGAAAUGGUGAUUUGACCAUAAUUAACGGUGAAGAGGAACUCCAAUUUCUUGUAAAUCAGACCAAUAUAUUGACAAACACAGAUGAUGACUUUUGGUGGAUAGGAUAUUAUGACGUUUCCGUGGAAGGAAUGUGGAAAUGGGUCGAUUGUUCUGUGUCGUCAGCCUACCAGAAUUCUUUAUGGUUAUCAGGCCAUCCAAAAGAAGAUACAUUCGAUUGUGGGGCAAUUAAUCAAAAUGGCUCACUCAUCGACUACCAGUGCGAUAAGAAUUUGCGUUUUAUUUGUGAAAUCAUACCAAAAGAAUUUACUCGAAAUGACACUAAUGUUCAAAACAUAACUGGAGAAGUUCUGUCACCAACUGCUGUUCAAAUUAUGUGGGAUGUGUCACCAUACUCGUGCGACAUUGUAGGAUAUAGAAUACAUUAUACAGACAAAAGUUCACAAGAUGACGAAUCAUUAUCGGUACUUGGAGGUGAAGUAGACGCAGCAAAUAUCACUCAAUUAACACCCGGAACCAUAUAUAAUUUCACGGUAGCAGCACUUCACAUCGACCAGGAAUUGGCGCGAGUUGGACCGAUACAGCUACAGACAGAACCGGGAGAUUGCGGUCCUUCAACACUGACCUCUGACACUGGAAAUUUUACAUCACCAAGAUAUCCUUUUGAUUACUAUGAAGACGCAGAUUGCGUUUGGACUAUAGAAGUAGCUUCUGGUAAACGAAUUGUCCUGUGGUUUCUCUUUGCUGAACUCUCUGACGGAGACUAUAUAUAUUUCGGUGACGGCUUGCAUAUCGAGAACGGAACAUUUUUGAUGCUAAAUGCUUCAUCGAUUGAGUCGGAUCCUGGGUACUCAAGCCAAAUUCGCAGUGAUUCCAAUAAGGUGUGGAUACGCUUUACCUCAGAUUCGACCAGUAACGGAGGGGGAUUUGUAAUCAGUUAUACUACAGAGAUCGACUGUCCUCAAGAUUACAUCGUUGGACCAAACGACACUUGUUAUUACUUUGGAACUGAAUUAGGAGGCUAUAUUUGGAGUUUUUCACGGACAACUUGCCAAUCGGUUACCGAUGGAGAUUUAGUUAUUAUUGAUGACGAGGAGGAGUUGGCGUUCCUGUUAGAAGAAAGUCAGAAGAGAGUUUCUAACGCAAGUUGGUGGAUAGGAUAUUACGAUGUAUCUGUUGAGGGUACUUGGCAGUGGGUCGAUUGCAAGAACUCGUCCCAAUUUCAACAAGAUCUAUGGGCUCCAGGAGAACCAGAUAAUCCACUAGACGACUGUGGUGCCCUAAGUUUUGACGGAACUGUAUUUGAGUUCCAAUGUGAUAUCCGCCUUAAUUACAUUUGCGAAGUAACAGCACGUGACUUUUCACAGGAGAACACCAAUGCUAAGAAUGUGUCUGCUUCGGUUAUCUCAUCGAGUCGAUUAGAGGUCUCGUGGAUUCCGUCAGAAUACAACUGUGAUGUUUUAGGAUAUCGGGUGUAUUAUUACCCAGAAUUCAAUAUUUCAGAUGAGCAGGCAGUUAAUGUCUACGGGGGUGACGCCACUGACGUCAUAUUGACUAGCCUUCAAGAUGACACAGUUUAUAUUGUUAGUGUUUCAGCAUUGGCUAUUCAAGAGGAGCUGGGUCGGGUUGGAGACAUUGUAGUAAAAACUUCAAAAGCCCCUGAUUGUCCAGAUGGAUACAUUGUUGGACCAAACGACCACUGCUAUCGCUUCAGUUUAUACGAGAAUGUAUGGGACAGCUCGCGUGGGAACUGUCAAAGAGCGGUCGAUGGCGAUUAUGUCAUAAUAAAUGAUCAGGAAGAACUAGCUUAUUUAGUGUCGGAAAUAAAUAAUAGAAACGAAAACUACACCUGGUGGAUUGGGCUUUAUGACGUCUCUGUUGAACGUCAAUGGAGUUGGAUAGACUGCAGUUCUCUGAACACGUUUCAGCAGAGCUUAUGGGGAUCCCAAGAGCCUAAUGGUGACUACGAUUGUGGUGUUUUGAGAUCAGAUGGUACAGUUGCAGCACAACAAUGUGAUAUGCGCGCAAACCAUGGUUACAUUUGUGAAGUUAAUGCAAAAGAAUAUACAAUAGAGGAUACAAACGUCCAGCGUGUCCAUGUUGUUCCUGUUAAUGAAUCAAGCAUCCAUGUCACGUGGGGGAUAUCUAAUUUCACGUGUGACGUAUUAGGUUAUCGCGUACAUUUCACUGAUAUCAGUGAUGGAUUGGAAUCUGAGUCGAUUUCAAUAUUCCCCGGUAAUGCUAGCGAAGCAAUUUUGAAUAAUUUAUUGCCGUUUACAAAUUAUUCUGUGGCGGUAGCGGCGCUCCAUAUUGAUGAGGAACUGUCAAAGGUUGGUCCGGUUUUUGCUGUUACAUAUCAAGGUACCGACUGCAACGUCAUGAAUAGGCCACCAUCAACAACAGUGACGUCACCUAGUUACCCGGCACCGUUCUCAAAACAAGAGUGCCAACAGUAUAUAAGUGUGCCGGGGGCAGACGGAAUUCAGCUUACUUUUCACGAUUUUGAAACAGGAAAUGAAGGCAGUGAAUUAUUAAUUGGGUCGGGACUUAGUGUCGACGUUAGCACUGUCAUUUACGAAUUUACUGGUUCUAUGAUGUCAAACGACUCAAAAGCGCCUAACAGGACGACGAUAACGGUGUUUGAAAAUAAAUUAUGGCUUUAUUUCAUCGGUAAAGAAAAUCCAAAUGGAGAAAAGGGAUUCAACCUAUCAUUCUCGGCUUACAUAUUAUCGUGUCCCACUGGUUACAUCGCAGGCCCACAAGACCACUGCUACAAAUUUAGCACGUACGGCGAAUGGUGGGUAUCUGGACGGCAGUACGACUGUCAGGCCUCUCAGGACGGAGAACUUGCUAUAAUCAAUGAUGAAGUAGAGCUAGAAUGGAUAGUUCAAAGAGCCAUGAUAACUGACCCAGAUGUAUCUUUGUGGUGGAUAGGUUACACGCGAGCAGACACCAAUGUGGUAGAAGUAACGGCAGAAGCUGUAUCUUCGUCGUCCAUUCGUGUCGCAUGGACGCCCUCAUCAUAUACUUGCGAUGUCCUAGGAUAUACUAUUCGCUACGAUCACGAAUACAACAACGAAACAAUUUCGGAAUUUGAAAUUGUCAAUGGAGGAAACAUACGAAGUUCAAUACUGCAGUCCUUAAUAGAAGACACGUGGUACACAGUCAGUGUAGCAGCAAUGCAUAUUGAACAAGAACUUGAUCAAGUCGGAUUCGUCAAAGUAUCCACGCUCUCAGGAAGUACACAAGAAACCAUAACGACAGGUAGGCAUGCUUCAGCUACUACCACGUCAAGUAACGACCAACAAACAACAUCCAAAGAAGGUACAACUGUUGACGCGUCAGCUGAGCCACCAUCAACGAAGCACACACCACCUACUUCGAAACAAGUAACCAAUACUGCAAAAUGGCCAAGCCAUACGACGAUUUCAUCCGUUGAAACAACACCUGUAUAUCCAAUAGAUAGUAUUGAAAACGGAGGUGUAGAUCUUAAACUAAGCAUUGCAUAUACUAAGUUUAAUGCUACCGAAGAAGAGGCUUUUAGAUCAUCAAUAGCUACGAGCACUAAUUUGUAUUGUCAGCAGGAGCCAGACGUGUGCAUGGGUCCUCCGAAAGUCGUUUCGGAACGUGAUAUUAUUGUAUUUGAGAUGGCUGAUGGCUCGGCAUCUCGAAGAAAAAGACGUGUUAUAGGAAAAGCCACUACUGAUGAUAGUACUGCAGUUUCUUUCUUCAUAACUCAAGCCUAUAGCUCUGAGCUACUGAUGCUUUCAGACGAUGUGCAGAGCAUGUUGACUGCUUAUGAAACAAAUAUUGAAGAGGAUCUUGGCUACAACUUCGAACUGGAGAUCGACGACUCUACGACACAAACUUCCACUUCUUCAACAACUACAAGUAGGCAUACGACAAGGUUAAUCGAACCAGUCACACCGGUACCCGGCACAAAGGAGCCGCCAGUCCUCGAGCCAUGGGCCAUAGCCCUCAUAUGCUUUGCUGGUGUCUGUGUGAUUGUUCUCAUUGUCGUAUGCUUCUUAAGUGCUAGAAAAAAGAAAAAUGUAAAAUUUGAUGGUGGUAUUGAACUAACCGGAGGUACAAGAGAGGCUGCGUCACAGGCAAGAUAUAACGAUAUCGUAGCCGAAACCAACAGAGGAUUUGUGGAGGACAAGUAGCUACUUGAUAGUGAACAUUUCCUGAGUGUCUUAGCAACUGAAUAAUCAGAACAGAACCAGGAAUUCGCGCAUGCGCAUGUCCUACAAACAAAACUACGUUGUCACACAAACGCACGUGGCUCAGUGUACAUUUACGCUAUUGUUUUGUGGGACCUUAGUCCAUUCUCUUUCGAUCGACCCACACCUAACCGUCUGUAUGAAAUAUGGUUUCCAUUUUGUUCUUCUAUCUCUAUCUUCUAUAAUUAUUGUGUUUUUAAUGUGGUGUACUACAGUAUUCGUUUGAUUUAUUAGAUCAAUAAAUCUAGUUCACUUUAAUAUUGUAUACUGGUGUCAACGUUAGAAUUUAAAAUCUGAAUUGUGGACACUUAAUGAUGGAUGUCUCUAUAUAUAGCAGAUGCUGUUGAAAUUGGUAGUCAACCUCCAUCAAAAGCAUACCGAUAGGCACUGUAAUCAUGUUAGUGACUACUUUUCAGUUUUUCUUGGAGGUUUGCAUGGAGUGGACAAUUUAAGAAGGGGAUUAAUAUUUAACUCAAACCUGGGGCACUUUUUUACAUUUCUAUUGUUUGGUAAAAAUGAUAUCUGUGUUUUUAUUCCAUUAAAAACCUAAGCCUGUUUUCCACUAGGCGAAGCUCAUGCGCAUUCACAUUUUUAUCCGAGUUUUUGGCUUCAGCGAAAUCAGUAGUUCAAACUGCUUUUACUUUUUGCGAAGCGAAAAAAUAUGCAACCAAUCUGUGCGAACUGGCGCUUUCGAUUCGCCCGAAUAAAUUCGCCUAGUUGCAAACAGGCUUUAGUAUUUGGUGAACGAAAAGUGAUCAAUUACUCCAUCUUCUUUCUACAGUAACAUACUCGAUAGGACAAAAUACAGUGUAUAUCAAACUGUUACUGUAUGUUGAGGACACUGUAAUCCUAUCAAACGGAAUCUACUAAACUGACUAAAGAAGCAAAUACUAUUUAAUUUAAUGUCAUUUUAAAAAUAAAAAUGUAGUUGUAUAACUGUUUUAAAAAUUGUGUACUAUAGAUUUUUUUCUCUUUCUACAGAGCCAUACCGGUAUAUACCAGUGUUUUAAGAGUGAUGUGGAUUUACUAUUUUUACUAUAGAUUUUAUUUAAAUCUGCCAUAAUAUAUUAAUACAUUAUUGUAUGUCUCAAUUAUGUAAUUUACAACUUUGAUGCUUUUAAGUGAUGAAAGACUAAAAUAAAAAUAACAAACAUGAAUAUUGUUAUGAAGCACCUUCAAAUUUGAAUAAAUGUAAUAACCUAGACCUGUGCGUAGGCAGUGCCUUGUCUAAACAACAGUAAAACACAUAAAUAAAAUAUAAUAGUCAAGAACACAGGCAGUGUUUUAUAAACAUUUUAUUUGCCGGGAUGAUGUUAUAAUAGUGUUAACCGAGGUUUCCAAAAUGAUGACACAGUUGAAGCCUAUAUUAUAAAAUAUGUAUUCAGAUUCAUUUCCCACUAUCAGAUUAAAAUAUUUAUGAAUUAUGUAUACAGAAGAAUAUGUAUAAUAAAAUAUGUGAGACAUUCUCAA